CUUGAGUUACACAAUAAGAGAUAAGAAGCUCUCCCGAAAUUCAUAUAUACUUACUGCGGCAGUUUUCACACUCACAAUAUAUUUGUUUGUAGGGGCCGGCCAGUGACAGCAGUAUGUUUCAUACUAGCUUUAUUAUUGCGUUAGUGGGUUUGGUAGUGGCGCUGGCGACAUCUUCCGCCAGUGUUCGAGAUGAAGUCAGGAAGUUUCCGGAAGGAUUUCUGUUCGGAGUUGCCACCGCUUCCUAUCAAGUGGAAGGUGCCUGGGAUGAAGAUGGUAAAGCCGAAAGUAUUUGGGAUCAUCUAACACAUACGACACCUUGCGCAGUAAAAGACUGCUCAAACGCUGACAUUGCUGAUGACUCCUAUCAUCAAAUUGAACGUGAUGUUGAAAUGAUGAGAGAAUUGGGUGUUGACUUCUAUAGAAUCUCCAUGUCUUGGCCAAGAAUACUGCCCAAUAGCUUUUCUAACGAUAUCAAUGAAGCGGGAGUCAAAUACUACGAUAAUUUAUUCAAUGAAAUGCUCAAAUAUAAUAUUGAGCCGAUGGUUUCGUUAUAUCACUGGGAUCUGCCACAGAAACUUCAAGAUGUUGGUGGAUGGGCGAACCCAAACAUAGUGGACUGGUUCGGUGACUACGCGCGCACCUCAUUUGAGCUGUUUGGAGAUAGAGUGAAGUCCUGGAUUACUAUUAAUGAACCACAAAUUGUGUGUAUGAACGGGUAUGGGGGUGUCAGUAAGGCUCCAUUAUUGAAUCAAAGCGGGACAGCAGAUUACUUAUGCACUAAAAAUAUUCUCAUGGCUCAUGCGAGAGCUUAUCACAUCUACAACGAGGAAUUCAGAGCGUCACAAGGAGGGGAAAUCGCAAUCACUUUGAACGCUCGGUGGUACUACCCUGACAGUGAAGAACAUGCAGCUGUGGCUGAUGAAGCUAAUGAAUUUCAUUGGGGACUAUUUGCACAUCCUAUAUUUAGCGAUGUCGGAGAUUAUCCAGCAAUCGUAAAAGAAAACAUUGCAGAAAAAAGCGCAGCUCAAGGGUAUCCUAGGUCCAGAUUACCAGAACUUACUCCUGAGGAAAUUACAUACCUGAAAGGAUCCUCGGAUUUCUUUGGAUUAAAUCAUUACUCUUCAUAUAUAGUGUACAGGAACGAAUCUACUAAAGACUAUUAUCCUUCUCCUUCCUAUUGGGAUGACAAGAAUGUAAUUAUAUAUCAAAAGGACGAAUGGCGCAUUGGGGAGUCAGACUUCACUAUGGCUGUCCCUAGAGGUUUUUACAGUCUGUUGACAAGCAUAAGGGAGAAAUACAAUAAUCCCCUAGUUUUAAUCACUGAGAAUGGGUUUGCGACGUACGGUGGCCUUGAGGACAAUGAUCGUGUCACGUACCUUAAGCAAUAUUUGGACGCGAUGUUAGAUGCCAUUGAGGAAGGAUCUAACAUCGGAGCUUACACUGCGUGGAGUCUUAUGGAUAAUUUCGAAUGGCUAGAAGGAUACACCGAAAGAUUUGGUCUGUACGAAGUGGACUAUGAGGACCCAGCGCGCACGCGCACGCCGCGCAAGUCUGCGUUUGUGUACAAGCAGAUACUGCGCACACGCGAGCUCGACCCGCAUUACGAGCCGCCACAAGGACAACUCAUGACCAUCGAUGACGGACAUUAUUUCACGAGUACGUCGAAAUUAUUCCACACGAUGUUACAUAAAACUUAUAUAGUUGUUGUAUUUUGCGUCGCAUUAUCAUCUAGAAAAUCUACUGGCAACACUAACCGGGAUGAGGUUAGAAAGUUCCCAGAAGGAUUCAUGUUUGGAACCGCCACCGCCUCCUACCAAGUGGAGGGAGCCUGGGAUGAAGAUGGAAAAUCUGAAAAUAUAUGGGACCACUUGACGCAUACGGACCCCUGCGCGAUAAAGGAUUGCUCCAACGGAGACAUAGCCGAUGACUCCUACCAUCAAGUUGAACGUGACGUUCAAAUGUUGAGAGAGCUGGGGGUCGACUUCUACAGAUUUUCAUUGUCAUGGACAAGAAUAAUGCCCACUAGCUUCCCUGACCAAAUAAAUCCUGCCGGAGUCAGCUAUUAUAACAGACUAAUUGACGAAAUGCUCAAAUACAAUAUACAGCCUAUGAUAACUCUGUACCACUGGGACCUACCACAGAAACUACAGGAGAUGGGCGGAUGGACUAACCCGUAUAUAGUCGACUGGUUUGCAGACUAUGCUCGCACUGCGUUCAGUUUAUUCGGAGAUAGAGUGAAGAUAUGGAACACAAUGAACGAGCCAAACGCCAUAUGCUACUUGAGUUAUGGUACAAGCUCUAUGGCACCGAGAUUGAACAUUCCAGGAGUAGCCGAAUACAUAUGCGCUAAGAACCUGCUCCUUGCACAUGCUAAAGCGUAUCAUAUUUACAAUAACGAAUUCAAACCUAUUAACGGAGGAGAAAUCGGUAUAGUUUUCGACGUUUUGUGGUACGAACCUGCUACAGAGAACGAUACAGAAGCUGCGAUGGAUUUGCAAUACUUCACAUGGCAACAGUACGCACACCCAAUAUUCUCAGAAACUGGAGACUACCCUGCUCGCAUGAAAGAAAAAAUUGCUGCUAAGAGCACUGCUCAAGGGUUCCUCAGAUCCAGACAGCCACAGUUCACCCCUGAAGAGAUAGACUACGUACGAGGAACCUCAGAUUUCUUCGGUUUGAACCACUACAGCACCGCCUAUGUGUACAGAAACGAGUCUGUUUACGGCUACCAUGACUCCCCUUCAUUUUACGACGACGUGGAAGUUAUAAGGUAUCAAACGGACGAGUAUGUUCUUGGAGAUUCUACCUUUACAAAGGUAGUGCCCUGGGGUUUCUACAGAUUACUCAUGAAAAUUCGAGAUGUAUACAACAACCCCAAGGUGUAUAUAACAGAGAACGGGUUUGCGACACUGGGCGGGUUGGAUGACGACGCCCGCAUCGCCUACUACAGGUUGUACCUCGACGCGAUGCUGGAUGCCAUUGAGGAGGGGUGCGACAUCAGAGCCUACACAGCCUGGAGUCUCAUGGACAACUUCGAAUGGAUGCAAGGAUACGUUGAGCGGUUUGGUCUGUACGAAGUGGAUUACGAGGACCCGGUGCGCACGCGCACGCCGCGCAAGUCCGCGUUCGUAUACAAACAGAUGCUGCGCACGCGCGAGCUCGACCCGCACUACGAGCCGCCAUCGUUGGUCCCGGUUACUACCGACUGACGUAAGUACGUCGUCGUUACAUGAGCCAUGUCAGGGGCCGUCGGCGGCUCAAUAAUAACCCUGACAUCAGGGUUUAUGAGGUUGGUGAUCCACACCACAACCCACACGAUAGAAGAAAAUCUGAGCAACAAACGAGUUUUGGGACCUUCCACCACGGCGAUCACUUUAUACGACGUUGUGCUCAGCUAAAAGCCAAUUCCUCAGACAUUUCUUCGAGAUAACGAAUGUACUUCUUACAAGUAAUAAUAUUUCGAAUACACAUCAAGCGUAUAUUCCGAGAGCCACCCUUCUAUCUUUUGUGUCGCAGGGAAACGCGGCAAAUCACAUUAGGACGACGGUCGGCUAUUUACCCAAAAUGACAAGUAGCAUUAUAACGGUUAAAAGGUUAAAAUGGUGUUAUUGGAAAAUGUAACCUUGGGAUACGCGGAGGUUAAAGAAAAUUUGAGCUUCACAAACCUUAGUAACAAUGUGAGACGAGAGAAUAUACACUGCAAUGAGAAUGAUUUAGAUUUGCUGAUACUUCUUCCCUUUAAGCCUGGGUUUGGUACUCCGUAAUAGGCUAUUUGACAACCAAGUCAAAUGAGAUACUUUUUACAAAACAUCAAAACGAAAUUUUUCUUCGGAAUUUGUAUAGAAAUAUGCACUGUGACGUCAUCAAUAAAAGCGGUCAAACGUCGUACUCAUUGUUACUUAA